UUGGCAAAUUACAAAUCAUCCAAACUUGAUAAUCAACCUUAAAGAAUAAUAACGACUUUGAUUCGAAAUGGUGGGCGGUGGGCAUCUGCUAAGAUAAAUAAGACACAUGCUAUUCACUUCCAACAGGCUAUAGGCCCCUGGAACCACAAAAGGUAGCCAAAAUGUUUUUAUUUCCAUUCAUAUAGGCUAACAUUAUUUCGGUAGGCCAGAGUAAGAUAGAAUCUGGUUACAAUGGACAUAUUGAGACCAGACCUGCCACAAAGGGGCUGGAAUGCGCCAAAGUGUUUGAUCUAUGAUUCCUUCAAUUGGAUAACGAAUGUGUUACUUAUUAUUAUUAACAGUGCAAUUUAACACAUAACAUGCACAUAAUUCUUACAUAAUUUUGUGUAAAUAAAAAAUCGUGUAUUUUAUAUCGGGUCAUUUUCAUAUUUGCGUUUAGCUAUAAUAUAUUACCUUCACCUGUCCAACUGCUCUGAUAGCCUAAUGCCCGUCAAAGGCAGCGUGUAUAAUUUGGGUUGUAUAAUUGGUCUUUGGGACGUUUCAAAAGAGGAGUUCAGAGGAGAACCCUGCCCUCAGAUGGCUCGCUCUUUGUGAUGCGGUGUUCCGCAGUUCCCAGUGUGUGUAGCACUGUGUAAUUUCAUCCACGCCGCACUCUCUUGGUUCACACAAGCCAGAUACCUUGUUGCCUCCCCCUCUCCUUUGUAUCAAUUGGUUGGGGUUCAGCCUAUUGUCGCUGCGAGCUUCUUUUAUAUCUGUGCACACUGUCGAUCAGCGAAAUCUCACGAUAGUCUCCAGCCUCCCAGCCGGAUCCACAAGUUCUUAGACCACCGUGGGCAAACCAGAGGACCUAUGACACCUACAGGGACAGACCCACGCUGCUGUCACAGCGCUGCCCCCCACAGAUGACCACAAAUUUAUACCGGACAAACGGAUGGCAGCGGGACAACUGGCAAAUGUUUUGUGUACAGGAUCAUAGCGUUUUUCCAAGGCGGUGGAGAACAACAAGUCUUUAAUGGGACCCCAAGUGCCUCAUCUCCCUUUUCUCGCACGAAUCUUCUCACACCUGGCCAUGCCACAAUGGUUAUAAUACAGCUUCUUCUGUUGCUCAGUUUCCUGGACCAAAGUGAACAGGAUUUUCUGUCUGCUCGGCUUGGACGGAUCCCUAGAGCCCCCUGCGCCCGGGGCCAGCCGUGUGACCCGAGACAACGGCGCGAUGCAGGGGGACGCGGCGGAGUGUACGAGCACCUCGGGGGAGCGCCGAGACGCAGAAAGCUUUACUGUGCCACUAAGUACCAUUUACAAAUACACCCAAAUGGGAAAAUAGACGGCUCGCUUGAGGAAAACAACCCCUAUAGCAUUAUGGAAAUCACGGCGGUAGAUGUGGGAGUGGUCGCCAUCAAAGGGAUAUUCUCGGGUCGAUAUCUGGCCAUGAACAGUAAAGGACGCCUUUUUGCAUCGGAUGUGUUCAACCAGGAGUGUGAGUUUGUGGAGAGGAUCCAUGAACUUGGCUAUAACACGUAUGCCUCUCGCCACCACUCCACCGUCCAACCAGCCGUAGGCGGGGGAGGGGCCAAACGUCGGGCCAGCGCCCAAAGGCAUUGGUACGUGUCAAUCAAUGGCAAGGGCCGGCCACGAAGGGGUUUCAAGACUCGCAGCACAGACAAGGCCUCGCUAUUCCUUCCCCGUGUACUGGGCAACAAGGACCAUGACGUGGUGAGGAGGCUGAGAGAAAGCCAGAGGGACCCAGCCAAUCAGGCAGGGCCGGAGGGACAUAGGCCCCAAACCCAGGCUGGACAGCAGGGCCAUCGGUCUCAGACCCAGGCUGGCCAGCAGGGCCAUCGGUCCCAGACCCAGGCUGGACAGCAAGGGCCCUCUAGGCGCCGUGGGGAGCGGAGAAGGAGGCGAGACCGUGGCAGGAAGGGCCAGACCAGGAAGCCAGAUGACUGACCCUUGACCCCUGAAAUUCCCAAUCAACCCUAGAAGGCAGCGUCUCUCGACACAUACAGAACAGAAGAACAAAUCACAGACCUGACAACAUGUGUGCCUCUCCAGCAAGGGCACAUAUCUUGGACCUGAGGUGUCAGCUAAGUGCAUCUGAUGGACAAGGAUUGAACACAGGUCUUGAAUUGAGACAGGAACACAAAGAGUGCUGCAGCAGACUUGGCUCCAACCACUGUACAGAGCUGGUCUAGAGGCAUGUAGCAGACUGGUCUACAACCAGACGGACAAAGUCCUAACAGUCAGAGCUCAGGCCUGUGGUUAAGGUUCCUCUGACAGUGACACAAAGACACUUUGAUGUGACGCCUGGUGUUUGUUUUGUACAUAGAAACUACUAUGAUGGGGACCAAAGUCAACACUGCUGGAAUUUGUCUCCCUCUUCUCUCUGUCACCUGGAAAAGGAUGAGAAGCUAUCCAAUUUCAGUUGAUAUUUCUACAGACAUACCAGUCAUGUACAUAUAUGUUUUUACAGUUACUUUGAAAUCAUGUUUCAUAUAUCAACAGUUUAAACAUGUUCAGUGAUUUUGAGUAAGAUCUGGACAUCCAAUAAGUGCUUACCAAUAACAAACAUUAUGAGCUGAAAGAUGGAAAAGGUUAUUGAAGAGUUGUACAACAUAGAAAAGCACUUUGUCCGAUGAUCGUGACUCAUGAUAGGAACAAGAGAGAUACAACAUGGGAAACAGACAUGUUUGUGAACUUGUGGUGUGAUAGUCUACUGUCUGAGGAGUACCUGUAUAUUUACUAAUGAUAUGAAUAUUUAUUUGUUGUUGUUUUUUAAGUUAUUGAUGAAAUUCUACAUGAGCGAUGAGAAUGUUAAUGUUGCGUAGUAUUCACUCACCAGUUAAACUCUGGUUAUUGUUACUUGUUACUACUGAGGCCACUGGGCUGGGCUGAGGAGUUACAAAUCACUUUAUGUUGCUGACUGAUUCACAUAGAACAAAGUGGAGAACAUAUAUAAAGCUUACUUACCUGACUUUUCUCUGUGUGAGUGUGUAUUUGAGCACUAGUUAUCAGUU